AUGUGCUACGUCCGAAGUAUCCGGAAUGGCAAUAUGCAAGGUGCUCAAGCGCAGAAACGUGACAUUCGUGAUAAUUACUCAGAAGCCGCUAACAAGAGCUUGGAUAAGACGAAGUCGAUUGAAGAAAAAAUGAAUGAGCCCGAAGAUCUCCCCAGAGUGAUUCCCGGAGAAGGCAAAGAAAUGGCCAAAAAAUUGAAGGAGCAAGUCGAACGUGGAGUUGGGCAAGGUGCUGAUGCUCCAAAGGCAGGAACCAAGUUGAAUGAACAAGAUCGGAGAGACAACUAG